GUAACGUGGUCGAAGGCGUUGUUCAUAUGGCAAACAGUGUGGCAGUGUGCAGCGAACCGGAGCAAUUGUUGCAGAUCUUCCGGCGAAUGCUAUCGCCGGAGCUGUACAGUGCCAUAAUUCAACGGUUACCGGAAAGCUUCGCUAGUGUGCCUGCAUUGUUGGUUGAAGCUAUGUCGACGGCGAGACCACAACUUCCAGAGCAGUUGCCAAAAGCCAUUAUUCCUCUGCAGUCCAAAUGUCAGCCUUCGUCUCGCCAGAUGGAGUGGGAUCUGGUGGAACCUGAAAAAUGUGCAUCUAUAUCUAACUGGAAGAAAAGUCGCCACCGCAUAAAUUUUCCCAAAUUAUUGAUACGGGAGG